AUGACUCAAUGUAAGAACAAACAAACAACUCAUUCCAACUCCCGAAUACUCACCAACCCUAAGUUGGAAUUGCUUCAACUACAGUGGAGGAGCUCCUCCGCCGCCGUCUUCUUCGGCGGGAAUACUAAUCUCUGUAUUAUUCUGCGCGGCAGGGCGGCGUCGUUUUCUUAUCUACCUUAUCUAAAUGGAGGAAACUCCGGGGAUGCCAAGCCUCUGCGAGAUGGACUCGACGUCAACAUUGAUCUUGACAGCGAUGUAAAGGCCGGUGAUUGGGGCCGCCGAGACGGUGAAGUGGAACUCGAUUGUUACCUUCCCGUAGCACAUUGGAUUAGCGGGUUUCGACUUUUGAAGGGUGGGAAAUUGAGUUUAGGAGAAGUGUGGGAGUGUUAG